AUCUAUAAAAAAAAACUUCUAUUUACUGAUAUCAUUUUAUCACUAAGACAAUUCUUCAAUAAAAAAAAUGAAGAAAUAUAAUCUUUGAUAAAAAAAAGUCGUUGUUCGUAUCGUUUUAUUUUUCAAGUGUAACCUGUUUAGUCGGUAUCUCUUGGUAAAACUCAAAUAUUUGAUUACAAUAUAUAUCUAUGUUCAACACCUGUGGUCUCGACAUUCAUUUAAAAUUGUUCAAAACAUAACCUGUUAAAGUUUAAUAUUUGAAAUUUAGUUGCACAAGAUGAGACUUAAUAUACCUUUACUUUCAUCUGUAGUACAAAGGAGACCAUUCUAUAUUACUACACCGAUUUUCUAUGUUAAUGCUGCACCACAUAUAGGUCAUCUCUACUCAGCUGUCGUAGCAGAUGCUAUCCAGAGAUUCGAAAAACUAACAAAUCCUGAUUGCAAUAUUAUAUUUAGUACAGGCACAGAUGAACAUGGCACUAAAAUCCAACAGGCUGCAGCCAAAAAUAACCUUCCUUUGCCAGAUUACUGUACGAAUUUAUCACAAGAAUACCGCGACUUGUUCAAAGAUUUUAAUGUCGAUUUUACAGACUUCAUACGCACCACCGAUGAGAAACACAAAAUUGCUGUACAGCACUUUUGGAAAAAGUUAAUGAAAAAAGACUACAUAUAUAAAGCAAAUUACUCCGGCUGGUACAGUGUUAAUGAUGAGUCGUUUGUACCAGAGACACACACAAAAGAUGAAAUUAUUGAUGGGGAAAAGGUCAGAGUGUCAGUGGAAUCAGGUCACAGGGUCGAUUGGACAGAGGAAACAAACUAUAUGUUCAGACUGAGUGCAUUCAAAACACAUCUGUUGGAGUGGCUGAAAACAGAUGGUGUUAUUACUCCUCAAAAAUAUCAGAAGCAACUGCAGGAGUGGCUCCAGAACGAGGUGUACAUUCCGGACAUAUCAGUGAGUCGACCAUCCUCCAGGGUGCACUGGGCUAUACCGGUGCCAGGUGAUCCCGAUCAGAGCGUGUACGUGUGGCUGGACGCGCUGGUGAAUUAUCUCACAGCGAUAGGUUACCCCGACGAGGACGCCAUGAUAGCGCGCGGGAGGCCCUGGCCGGCCGACGUACACGUCAUAGGCAAGGAUAUUCUCAAAUUCCACGGCAUAUACUGGCCGGCGUUCCUGAUGGCGGCCAGCUGGCCCCCGCCGCGGCGGCUGGUGUGCCACGCGCACUGGACCGUGGCCGCGGCCAAGAUGUCCAAGUCGCGCGGCAACGUGGUGCGGCCCCGCCACGUGCGUCUCGCGCCGCCCGCGCUGCGCUACCUGCUGCUGAGGGAGGCCACCAUGGCCGCCGACGCCAACUACAGCGAGACGAAACUGAUAAACGUGUCCAACUCGGAGCUGGCGGACACGCUCGGCAACCUCGCCAGUCGCUGCUGCGGCGCCGCGCUCAACCCGCGCGGGGAGUUCCCGCCGCUGCACGCGCGCGAGCUAGCGCUCUGCGGCCGCGAUGACGUCACCGCCCGUCUGCGCGACAGCGUCGAGCGGCUGCCGGAAAGUGAUUGAGUUCUGGAUAGUGGUGUGACGUGUAGCCUGCUCAUCGUCUUUAGAGGCACUUUCUUCAGAAUUCGAGUUGUGAUCACUUUCCUCCGGGACGAAAUUUCCAGGAAUAUCUUCGGCUUCCGAUCCGCUCGAGUCUUCCUCAGCCAGAAAGUCUUCAAUUUGACGACUAGUUAAGUCCUCAGACUCCUUACGCUUCUUUUUUGGAGGUUCUAAACUAUCAAUAGCAAUAAAUAACUGUGAAAAACGAAAAAAACAAUAUACCAAAUUAACGUUAAAAAGUUACGUAAUUGGUGACAUAAGGCCUGAGAGGCCGCUUCGAAACUUUGUAUCGAUGUAACUUACCGAUAUGAGCCGGUGCAACACAGUUUUCUCACUCCACGGCGUAGACGCAACUAAACUUGAAGCUACUUUAGGCGCACAAACACAGGAAGCGCGGGGAACGGGGUGAAAUGAAGUAUCACUAACAACGCUCGGCCUGUGAGACCGCUUGUCACCAGUUAAGGGUUAAACAAACUAAUAUUCAAUUUUAUCAUCCCUGGUACAGAUAUCUGCCAUCAACACUACAGCAAUUACCAGUUUUAUAAAGCGGUGGACGCGGUCAUGAACACUUUACAUCUAGCGAACCUGUUCUUUGAAACUCACAAACCUUGGGAGCUAAAAAAGAAACUCGAGUACCAGAAACAUCUGGACGUUAUAUUACAUAUCACCAUGGAAACGCUCAGGAUCAGCGCGAUCAUAUUACAGCCUAUUAUACCAGAUAUGGCGGAGAAAUUACUAGAUAAACUGCAAAUACCUAAAGAUAAUAGAAAUUGGCAACACUGCGAGAAACCUUCUUGGACGAUAGAGGGCGCUAUUUAUGAAACAAAAUAUAUACAGAGCGGAAAGUUUGUGCUGUUUCAGAGAGUUUAUGUCGAUAAGAAAGAUCAAAAGAAAAAGGCUAGCGUAUAGCACUAAUGUGGAAUACAAUAUUUAAUCCAAAAUUCUGACUCGAUUUGACCUCGAAAAGGAAGUAGAGUUUUAAAGUAACUAACUAUUAUAUUUUAUAUUUUAAGCAUGAACUUACAUCGGUUAUAGACAAUCGAAAUUAAACAAAAAUCAGUAAAGCGUUUCAGAAUAAUCUGAACUUAGCUGGUUGAGGGUAGCAGUCAGCGGUACCUGAUCAUGAGUCGAUUUAUAAAGUAUUUUUAUAAAAGUGAAUACAAAAAUAUAUAGUUUUGUGUAAUAAUCAAUUCAGGCUUCACGGGUAUAUUUACAACCUGUAUACGCAAUAAAGAAUUGUAUUACAUACCUUUGUAAUGUUGUGUGUAUAAUUAAUUAAUAAUAAUGUAAAUAACCAAACACACUACUACUACUGUAUAUUAUGCUUCCCUGAACUCAUAAUAACAAUUAUUCUUAGAUACUUUCUAAAGGGCAUGUAAUUAAGCUACUCUUUUGUACUCUACCGAUACUUUGACGCGUUUUAUUCGAUUUGUAAGGUUUUUUCACAGUUUGAUUUUAAUUUUGAGCCAUACAUCAAAUAAGCUAUCUCUUGUUCUUCACUAUAACUAGAAAGAGACAGGUAGCAAUUAUGUAAUGUUCAUUGUAUUACAUAAUAAUAAUAUGCCACGAUUAAAAAAAAAUAAUCGUAUUCAUAUAUUUCCUUAAUGUGUAGAGUGAGUGGCAUCAUAUUUCAAAGUGUGCACAAUCAAACGUGAAUCGUACAAAGUUACUCCUAAAAUCUACUUUUCUUUUUUAUUCUUGGGAUAAAUAUGCGGAUCUCUACUGUCGAGAACUUAACGACGAACUUUUGCAACAAUCGUAAUGGUUUAAGAGUAAUUAAUUGAGAAUAGUUAUUAAUCUUAUAUAUAAAAAUGAAUCGCAAAAUGUGUUGGUAAGCGCAUAACUCAACAACGCCUCGACCAAUUUGGCCAAAUCUUUUUUUAAAAUGUUCGUUGAAGUUCAAGGAUGGUUUUUACGGCGAGAAAAAUUAGAAUUAUUGCUGGAAAAACCCUAAAAAUAGCCCUUUUCUUUUUCCCAUACAGAUGAUUUGUAACUAAAACGUAGUCAAUUUGAGCUUUAUUGCUAUGGUAUAAAGUUCAUAUUAAAUUACAAGCACUCACUGUUGUCUAAGCAAUGUAGGUGUGUUCCUAACGUCAAAGAUCAUAUCUAUCACAAAACAAUGUGCGUGUGUGCGUUGGAGCACAGAAUACAUAGUUGGAGGAGUUUAAUGUCGCGUUCCGAAACUCGCGUUUCUUUUGUAUUAGUUUCGGCACGCGAGAUAAAAUGCAUCAGUUUCCACGUCAUUACAUGUAUUGCCGGAACAUUGAUGAAAAUACGCUCUGUAGUAGCAAAGCUGUUGGGUCCUAGAUAGCUCAUUGGUUAGAGCAGUCCCUGGAUCGCGAAUGGGUUCGAGUCCCAUUCCGGGGUACAGGUAGAUGGAGUCUUCCAGCAUUUUUCCUUGAGAAUGUUUAUAUAUUUUUUUAAUUCGAAUUACUUUUAUAAUGCUGUUGUGUGUAAUGUGUUUUUAUGAUCAUAAAAAUCUCUUUUUUCUAUAUUUAAUACUAUUACUAUUAAUACAUUGCAAUAAUAAUUAUGAUUCACAUGAUUAACAAUAAAGCGAUUACUUACUUUUAAAUCCUUAUAUAUGUUUUAUUUAAUUAUUUUUUAUUCACAACGCCCUAUCACCAGGGUGACGGUUCUGUUCAGGAGAAUUUUUUUAAAUACGUAGGCAAAAAAACUGCCACAUUACAAAUCUUUUUGACAGGACGAAGUCUGUCGGGUCAGCUAGUGCUCAAUAUAAUACGCCAUCGUAUCUAUCUAUUGCGCCUUAAAUACUAGCUACGUCCUACAUUUUUAUGUAUUUUAUAAAGUUGGAUAUUACCACGCAUGCCUCAUCAUAAAUUACCUCGAUUUGUUGAAAACACUGGUUCCUUUGAUCUUUCGUAGUUGUUAGUUUAUAUAUGGUGCAUUUAUGUUGUAAGUAAAAUAUAUUGAUUUGUGUUCGACUGAUGUUAUUUAUUAUUGAUAUUAAAUUUUGUUG